GUGCAUGAAGCAAGAUGGCUGCUCCGCUGAAACCUUGGGAGAGAGGUGCUGGUACUGGCCCUGUAGCCGCUACAGGUGAAGACAGAACCAGACCUGGCUCAGCACCAGUCAGCAGACCUACAGGACCAUCCUCCAAUGGCGGGCCGUCCCGUGCCCCUCCCCGCCCCCCUCGCCCCUCCAGACAACAGCCAGGCUCGUCCUUAAACAGAUACAGCCCGAUGUACGGAGGAGGGUACGGUGGAUAUGGAGGGGGCAUGUACGGCGUAGGUGGCAUGUACGGAGGUGGCAUGUACGGGGGCGGGAUGUAUGGAAACAGUAUGUAUGGAGGAUACGGCAUGAACAGAUAUGGCACCACAAACAAUGGCCAAAGUCCGAGCAGGUUUGUUCAAGCAGCUGAAGAGAGCAGCAGGCAGGCGUUCCAGUCCAUUGAGAGUAUCGUGUCAGCGUUUGGCUCUGUGUCCAUGAUGCUGGAGUCCACCUUCUAUGCAGUGUACAAUUCCUUCAGGGCCGUGCUGGGAGUCGCCGACCACUUCAGCCGCAUGAAGACGCACUUUGCACAGAUUUUCUCUGCCUUCGCCGUGGUGAGAACUCUACGUUACCUGUACAACAAACUGCUGAUGCUGCUGGGAAGGAAGGUGAGCGCAGAGGCGGAGGCAGCCUGGAGCUCAGCGACCACCGAGGCACAGGCAUCACCGCUAGAGGAGGAUGGGAAGGGCAGGCCCAAGUCCUGGCCCAUCAUGCUGUUCCUGGCUGUGGCAGUGGGGGGACCGUGGCUCAUCUGGAGACUCCUCAGCUCUGUGGCUGAUGUGGCCAAACCAGCUGAGACAGAGUGGGCCAAUGGGAAUGAUGACCAUGUGGUGGGGAGGGCAGAGUAUGACUUUGAGGCUGAGAGUGAGGAGGAGCUAUCCUUCCGUGCUGGUGACAUGCUCAACUUUGCACCCAAAGACCUGCAGCCUAAGGUACGAGGGUGGCUGCUGGCCAGUCUGGACGGCCAGUCAUCAGGCCUCGUCCCUGCCAACUACAUCACCAUCAUGGGGAAGCGGCGGGGCAGGAAACACGUCCUUCAGGAGCAAAAACAGCAGCAACAGGAACCACUGGAACAGGUACAGGCACAGGCAGCAGCAGCAGGCCCUGGACAGGACCAGGAGGCAUUGGACGACACCUUCCAGAUGGUGCAGGACAUGGCACCCAGCAGCAGGAGUGUCCAGCACAGCGCAAGCCUUCCCAAUGACUUAAUGUCUUUUGACAAAAGUUUCAGAACAGUGGAGCAGGAGGCUGGUAGUUCUAGUGCAAGCAGUCUGAAGGACUUUGAUACAGCCUUUGAGAAAGAGCUGCCUACAGUACCACCACAGGGCAGUCCUGUCCCAGAAAAGUCCAACAGUAAGAAAGAUGAAGUAUAGGACAACAGUGUACAAGAGAUGUGAGGCAUGUGAUGCAGCACACUUGAUUCCAUGGCACUUUAUUGGUCUACUGAAGGUUUACUGUAAGAUACUG